AUGGACAUAGUCAACAAAGAAAACAUUAAAGUUCCAAACUCAGUCAUCGUUAGUGGUAUCACUGACACAGAGGUUGAUGAAAAUGUAUCAGACUUCCUGAACAGGUAUGGGAAAAUAAUGAGAACCUUCAAAAUAGAUGACCCGCAGUCUUCUUACCACCAAAAUGCCAUUGUGGAGUAUGAGAGUGGUACUUCUUUGACAGCACUUGAACCCUUACUCCCUUAUGUACUUGAGAGCUCAGAGAAAGUCUCUUAUCGAAUCAGAGCCCUAUCUAGUGAGUAUGUGUCUGACGUCAGAGACAGAGCCACCCACCGUUUAUUCUGUGAACUGCAAGAAAUUGCUAAAUUAGGUGGAAAAUCCUUUGAAGCCGUCCUGCAUGAGCACCUGUCCAAAUGCUCUCAGUCAGUCACAGGUGGCUCUGAGAUUCCUGAAACUAAGAGUUUUACUCUUGAGACACAAAAUGACCUAAUGAACCCAAUAACUCAGAUGCAGAGUCAGCUGACAAGACUGAAACCCCAGAAGGUAAUUCAACCUGUGAUUCCUCAAAGUGAUCUGGUCACAGAACUAAAAGCACAAAUUGCUGAGCUCCAGAGCCAUUUGGCUAAGCUAAAACCACCAAACCCCACUAAGAAAAGUGCUAAAAACGACAUAAAGAAAAUGGACAACUUACCUGGAAAGGACAACUCAGUGGAAACGCAGAGUGUGUCUGCACCUAAAAUAGUCAGAGAACCAGAAACUCACCUUGAUGAGAUGAACAAUGCCUCAGAUCGUGGCCAAGCCAAUGAUUUGGAAAUGACUCAGACUGACGUGAAUGAGACCGAACCCAUGAUCAAAGAUGACAAGGGAUGUGACCUUGUGACAGAACAAGCUGACAAAAGACCUUCUCGACAGAGAACCAGGCCAAAGAUUUUGACUUAUCCUAAAUUAGGGAACCCUCUUGUCAGUGUAGUUCAAUCUCUGUUCCAAAGUCUGAGUGAAGCUGUCACAGGUUCUAUCGAAAUCCCUGAGAUCCGAAGAAGCAGAGAGAGCGAAGAAGAAGCAGAGAGAGCGAAGAAGAAGCAGAGAGAAGAAGCUAAGAGAGAGAAAUAA